AUGUCGCUCUUAAGAGAGAGCUUGACUUUGUCUCUUCUCAAACUUUUUGUGAUAACAUUUAUAGGACACAAAAGAGAAGGCUUAAAGAUGCUUAAGCUAUAUGGAGUCCACAUACUGUAUCUUCUCCUUGUGCUUCAGCAGGGUGAUUGCCAAGUACAGAUAGAUGGACCUCUGGAAAACAAGAAUUUUUAUGUUAAAGAAGGUUCUCAAGGAGGGAUGAUGUUAUAUCGGUUUAUAUUUCAAGCUCCUGUUGUCAGCUUGAGGCUGACUGGCGACACAGAUGGCAUAAUAGAAAUUGUAUCAGAUGGAGUUCUGUAUCUUAACAAAGCUCUAGAUUGGGAAACCAAAAAGGUCCACAAGCUGCAGUUGGAAGGUCUGAAUGCAAGUGGGCAGAGAGUGAAGGGUCCAUAUUCUAUCACUAUAUAUGUGGAGGACAUCAAUGACAAUCCACCUGAAUUUGAGAAGAGCGAGUAUAAUGGAACAGUUAGACAAAACUCUCGCGCAGGAAAACCCUUCAUGUACAUCAAAGCUGUCGACCGUGAUGAUCCCAAUACCCUAAACGGACAACUGAGCUACAGGCUCCGUACUCAUUUCCCUAACCCCUUCCAGGUGAUGCUUUUUCAGGUUGACAAUGUCACAGGAGCAAUCUCCAUAACCAAUGCUGGACACCAAUAUUUAGAUCCGGCACAAGAAAGAUCGUAUCUCCUUGACGUGGAAGUACAUGAUAUGGCAGGACAGUCCAUCAAUGCCUACACUGAUUCCGCAGUUGUGAAUGUCAUAGUGCUAGAAAACCUCUGGAAAUCUCCAGGACCAGUAAAGAUCAAGGAGAACUCUACAGAACCUCAUCCCAUCAGCAUCGCUCAGGUGCAAUGGAAUUAUCCAGGUGCAUACUAUGAAAUCUCAUCCAAGGAGAAGCCUCCUAUUAAAUUGCCAUUUAUGGUUGACAGCAAUGGAACUAUCUAUGUAACUCAACCUUUGGACAGAGAAAAAAAAGAAAGUUAUUCAUUUUAUGUAUAUGCAAAAGAGGAAGACGUCACAUUGUCAUAUCCAUUGACUGUUAAUGUCACUGUGGAAGACAUAAAUGACAAUCCACCUGUGUGUAAAGCUUUAACUAAAUUUGAAGUUCAAGAGAAUGAAGUUGCAGGGAAUUACAUCGGAACAUUUCAGGCUUCAGAUGCAGACAAGGAAGACACAGUUAACUCCUGGCUGCAAUACAGCCUUUUGGAUCAGAACCCCAAAAUCCCUGUGGAUAAUCUGUUCCGCAUUGAUUCAGGAACUGGAAUUAUCAACUUAAUCCAUAGUGCAUUAAACAGGCAGGAGGCCUCUAACUACACUUUGAAGGUGGAAGUGAAAGAUCCAGUGUUCAAAACAGUUUGUGAUGUGCAAAUAAAUGUCAUUGAUAUCAAUGAUCAGAUCCCAAUCUUUGAGAAAACGGAUUAUGGAGCUUUAACCCUUCCUGAAAACAAACAAGUUGGCACUGUAAUAGUGGAAAUUCAAGCCACCGACGGAGAUGAACCAUUUACUGGAAGCUCUCAAAUUAUUUAUACAGUCACGAAUGGAGACCCAAAUAACACUUUUUCUAUACGGACAGAUCCAAAAACAAACAGAGGAUAUGUGACAAUUAAUAAGCUUCUUGAUUUUGAAACAACUCCCGUGUAUUCCCUGGACAUCAGUGCCACAAAUCCUGAACCGCUUGUCCCUGGGACGAAAUAUAACUCAAGUUCUUUUGCUAAGUUGAAAGUGUAUGUUACAGAUGUGGAUGAAGCACCUGUUUUCCUCCAAAAAACAUACACAGCUGAUAUGCUUGAAAAUGUUACUGUUGGUACCUUUGUGACGACAGCAAUAGCCUACGAUCCUGAGGGAGUCGAGACAAGGUACACCCUGAAAAACAACAACAGAAACUGGCUACGAAUCAAUCCUCUCAAUGGCUCAAUAUAUACUGCAGCACCAUUGGAUCGGGAAACUGAAAAUCCCUAUGUGGUCCAGAUUGUGGCGAUUGAACAAACUAGAGCAUUUCAGAGCUCCACGGCACAGCUGACACUGAACCUGAAAGAUGUGAAUGAUAACCCUCCACGGCUAGAGAAGGACUCUGUGUUCUUCUGCCAUCCUCUCAAAGGAAAUGAGAGAGCAAAAAUAGAUGUUAAUGAUCCAGAUGUGUAUACACAUAUUCCAAAAUUUAGUUAUGUCCUCAUGGGUGACAACACAGUACAGAAUACCUGGAAUGUCUCAAAAGAUGGCGUGCAUGCUUACAUUUCUCCGAAAAACAUUAAUCUUGAGGAAAAAACCUAUGAAGUACCGAUAAAAAUUAAUGACAAUGGGCGGCCACCUAUGGAAGGAAUUGUCUAUCUGAAAGUGAGCGUAUGCCGGUGCGUAGAAGGAAGAUGCUUCAUUCCAAUUGAACCUGUUUAUGAAUUUCCAACAGUGGCAACGGCAAUUGGGAUCCUGGUUGCUGUACUGAUAGUUAUUGGUGUCAUUUUGGGGAUUGUGUUCAUCCACCUCAAACGCAAAAAGCAAAGUCAACAGAUUAGCAGCAAAGCAAAUCCUGCUAGCCCAGCCGAAUUGCAGAACUUGACGUAAUUGUUUUACUGAAAGAAGCUGUUUUUUUAAAGACCUUUUAUUUCUUUCUGCUGUUGAUAUUGUUACUGUUUUACUGCUUCUGACCAUCAACAAACAUUUGGCAUU